AUGUUAGUACUACAGCAUACCCGAAGUACUUUCUGCUCCUCGGUGCAGCGAGUAAGCAGGCGUCGACGCCUUCUAGCGCGUUCUUCUCGUGCCAUUCUCUCCUCCAUCAUCCGUUCACGUAUAUUUUUCACGUAUUCCUCGCUGGCUUCUGGCUGCACCAACAAUGUAUUGGUCUUUUACAUGAGCCGGGGUCAGAAAUUGAAGCAUGAGAGGUAA